AGCAUGUAGAUGUGUUUGCGAUACUGAUGAGUAUUUGCUUAUACCUCUACCUCCAUUACCGCAAUUCUAUAACGCAUUAAGGCUAUAAGGAUUCUAGCUAUUGCUUGGUCAUUGGCCUGGCGUUUUACCCUAGCUGAGAAUAAAUGGAACUUAUCCAGGUAACACAGUGUACACUUAUGAACGUCAAUAAAAAAGAAAUAAGAACGAGCAAGGCCUGCUUUGUAGUCUCUAACUGAUAGUGGACAGCGUGGAUGUCGGAGAAGCCUGUGCAUCCUAUACCGGAUGCUAAGCGACAAGAUAGGACGCCCAGAGGCGGAUCCUAAACCGUGGGCGCGCGUUGUACCCUGGGGUAGUUUCUGUUUGUUCCUUACCUUCAGAUUCCUUGGGGAAGGGCGAUGGGCUCCGGGAGUCUGCCACACCGCAUGAAACGCGAGGACUAAAAGGCAAACCUAUUGCAUCACUUCUCGCCGGUUUUCUGAGAGACAUUGGCACUGCCGCGUUCGUGCCUGUCCAUUUGGCUAAAGCCCAAAGGCAACAUGGCGGUCCCACUAGAAACGAAUUGCUCCGGUUACCUGAAAAUGGCGGAGAUCAGCAAACACAUGUUCGAGAGUGCGUGUCGGGACCUUCACUGCAGUGAGAUUCUACAUCCAUGGGAUAGAAGCUGCUGGUCAUCAUCAAUACAGACAUACAAAGAUUCGUUUAUUGGUAGCGCUCGGUAUUACGCUGUUAUACACUUGGUUCAAAAUGCUUUACGCGGAAAAAAGGUUCUGGAAAGGAAUGAACUGAUAAAGGCUGGAGAGUAUUAUAUUAGGUCAACUAUAUUAGGGGGCCUCAUCAGUGGAACAUGUGUGUCACUUAGCUGCUUUCUUAGAUUUCUAAUAGGAAGAAAGAUGAACUAUUACACAUAUCUGAUGAUUCCUAACAUGAUGAACGGAGUAUUUAUUCUUCUAGAACCUCCAUCAAGAAGAGGAUUAAUUAUCAAUUUAUUUAGUAAUUUAGUUAUAGAGUACUGGCUACGGAGCCUUCAGCGUUCUGGAUACAUAUCACUCAGUACAUCUAAACAAACGUUUAUCUUUUCUUUGGGUAGUGCCCUCCUCUUUUAUCUCAUGCGUUUGGAAGGAGAGAAGAAGAAUCGAACACCGUUACUAUGGUUAUUUACACCUGAAAAAGUAAGAAGAAAAACAGAUGAUACAAAAAAUGUUUGUCCGCACGACGGGCCGUGCUUAAAAUAUAUAUUUAAGGGAUCAGCAAAAUACUUCUCAGUCGGACUUGCGUUUACAAUUGCAAAAACAAUUUUGCCGAAAGUUCGGACACCAUUGAAAGCUCUGUUGAGCAUUCGGGGCCGGCACUUAAGCAUGGCCUUUUUCUUUGGCAGCUAUAUCGGUAUUUAUAGAGCUGUAAUCUGCUUUUUAUGCCGUAAGCGUGGUUAUGAUUCGGCAUUGUACGCGUUACCUGCUGGUUACGUAGCCGGUCUGUCGUUCCUCUUUAAAUCUAACCUUGGUUUUGCAAUCGCAGCUCUGACGGGCGCUUUUAAGAUAUACUCAACGACAUUAUAUGAAAAGAAUAUUCUAUCGGAAAAGUUUCAGCUGCCUCUCAUAAUGUACUGUAUUUGUCAAGGAAUACUAUUUCAUACCCGUUUCAUGCACCCGGAUGUGUGUCCGUCCUACGUGUUUAAUCUAAUGAAGAGUGUUAGUAACGGACGAUCUGAUAAAAUAUACAAACGACUACUAGAAAUAUUGAAAACAGCUUCGGUGUGAGAAUAAGUUAUUGGUUUUGGUUUUAAUGGAAAAAAAAUUGUCGCCCAAAUGAAGCAUUUGUAGUUAAGUAAGAAUGUGUAAGAUUGUGUUUGUGCCCAUUUCACGUACAUUAAAGGUGACUGUGAUAA